AUGGCGUCUCUUUUGAAUGAAGGUGAGUGCUUGCCGGCCAAAAAACGAAAAUUGGACGAAUCUAAUGAAAAACCCAGUGUCCAUGAAAAGUUAAACGACUUAACAGACUUUAAAUUAGAAAAAAUAAUAAAUAACAAUACUGUUCGAAAAAGUGUUUGCCUAAAGGGAACUUUUGAAUCACAGGAAGGUGAUGUUUUAAUACUUUUGGAAAAGACAGCAUUUGCUGAAGACAGUUUGUUAAACAACAGCGAAUAUUUCACAGAGAAAUGCCCAUUGGAAAAAGUUUUUCACAAUGAUAUUUAUGGAGACUAUAAAUAUUUUCCAAAGGUAGAGUUAAACGGUAUUAAAACAACAAUUAUUCACCCUGCGACAAGUAAACAUAUCACAAAAUAUUCAGUGCAAACAAAUUAUAUUGUUGAUGAAACCCCGCAAAUUUAUGAUGAGAUUGUGUUGCCUCAUUUGAUGGGCGAACAAUUAAACUUGCAGUGGGUUUUUAAUAUUUUGGAGCACAAAUCAGAGGUUGAAAGAAUUGUCUUUGAAGAUACAGAUCCUGAAAUUGGUUUUAUUUUAAUUCCUGAUUUAAAGUGGAAUGGUGAAGCUGAUACAUUGUAUUUAUUGGCUAUUAUUAACAAAAGAGGUAUCAAGUCAUUGCGUGACAUUACUCAGGAACAUCUGCCCUUAUUAAAAAACGUACAAACAAAAACAUGUAAAAUAAUAGAGGAAAAAUAUGGAUUGGAUUCGUCUCAAUUAAGAAUUUAUUUCCAUUACCAGCCAUCUUUUUACCAUUUGCACAUUCAUUUCUGCUACCUUCGACAUGAAGCUCCUGGAAUUUUGGCGGAAAAGGCACAUUUGUUGUCUAAUGUAAUAAGUAACUUGGAAAUUCUCCCUGAUUAUUAUAAAAAAGCUACUUUGCCCUUUACUGUCAGAGAGAGCGAUAAUUUAUUUAAGAAAUUUGAAGAAAAGGGAAUUUUAAAGAAAUUUAACAUUAAAAAUGACUAA